UGUUUGCUGUGUUAGCUUUGUCCAGUAUCUGUGCAUGAGUGGUGUUGUCACUGCUCAUUUCUGAACAGAGGGUAGAGAGAGAGAGAGAGAGAGAGAGAGGGAGAGAGAGACAGGGGAAGGCGGGCAGGUAAAGAUCAGAGGCAUCUCUCCUUUUCCGCUCUGGGUUUUCCUCUGCACUGUUUCUACAGCGAGAAAGUUAGAGAGAGAGACAGAGAGAGAGAGAGGUUGUGUGUGUGUGGCCGUGUGGGGGUGUUUUGAAGGUUAUAUAUAAAGGGGGAGUCUUUGAGACAGGUCGUUUGUUUUUAAAGAAAUGCAGCAGCACCUGAUGCAGAUGCAGCCCAUGAUGGCCGCUUAUUAUCCGAACAACGUCACCACCGAUCACAUUCAACAGUAUUUGGACGAGAACAAGUCACUGAUUUUGAAGAUCGUUGAGAGCCAAAACUGUGGGAAGCUGAGCGAAUGUGCAGAGAACCAGGCUAAGCUACAGAGAAACCUCAUGUACCUUGCUGCUAUCGCUGAUUCUCAACCUCAGCCACCGACUUUGCAUUCUCAGUUUCCCACCAGUACCAUUGCACAGCCUGGAUCGUACUAUGUGCAGCACCAGCAAGCUCAGCAGAUGACCCCACAGUCCCUCAUGGCUGCUCGAUCUUCCAUGCUGUACACCCAGCAACAACCCUAUCCCUCAUUGCACGGCCAGCUAAGCAUGAGCUCCGGCUCAGGGCUGAACAUUUUGCAAAGCGAGAGCAGCCACUCGGGAGGUAGUGGGGCCCUCGGUGGCGGAGGCUUUCCCGAGGGCUUGCAGGUUGGUGGGAGGGGAAUGGCGGGUGGAAACAAGCAUGAUGUUGGGAGUAGCAGCUCGGGCGAAGGACGAGGUGGCGGCCAGGGUGGAGCAGACGGCGGCGAGACCCUCUACUUGAAAUCAGCAGACGAUGGUAAUUGAGUGAGGGAGACAGCAAGACGAGCCAAAAUGGUCACUUUGUUUUGAUCUCUGAACUUUGAUGAGGUAGGGAAGCAAGAGGGGUAGUAGAACUUCGCUUCUUUUUGGUUUUUUCUAGUUCCCAUGCAAUGAAGGUCUUAAAUCUUGCAGUAUAUUUCAGUAUAUUCAAGAGGCAGGCCAUGCACUUUUAUGUCAGCGUAUCAUGUAAAUUUUGUAGGACAGAGUUCAUGAUGUUUGGGAAGUUGUCUGACCAUCCAUGACAUCCAUGUGCUUCUUUUGACAGAUCCAGAUGGUGGUUUUAGUUGCAUAAUCAGCUAUCCCAAGUUUAUUAUAACUCCAUAUAAAAUUGUGUGAUUUUGUCAAA